UUCCUCGUCAACAGCGGUGAAGCAGGACUACAACGAGUAUAUGUGGACUAUGCGCAAGGAGUUCAACGAUCCGGAACCGUACUCGUGCGAAACAUCGUCGAACCUUGUCGAACGGGACAAUCUUGCCAAUAUCGGUCGCGAGUGUCCGUCGAUUAAUUUGAAAGCUGCCAACGGAAAAGCAGAGCAUUGUAAUGGAAAAAACAGUGCACCACGACCGGCACGGAGAUCAUCAAUGCAACUGCACCAAAACGGUGACAGCGUCGCAAUCAUUGGAUGAAUUAGAAUUCGAGCGAGGAAUAUGGACUGCCGCCAUUGAGAACGACGAGGAUAAACUGAGAACAUUGAUCGCAAAAGGACAUUUGAAUGACAAGGAUAAUUCAGGAUACACCGCUCUGCAUUACGCUGCUCGAAGUGGUCAUCUGCUAAUGUGUCGUGUUUUGCUAGAAAGUGGAAUAAAUGUAGACGAGAGGACAAACGGGGAAGCAACAGCACUGCAUCGUGCCGCAAUGAUGGGCCACGAUACGAUAAUAAACCUGCUUCUAUCGCACAACGCCAAUCUUCUCCUGCAGGACAGCGAUGGUAAAACGGCACUUCACCGGGCCGCUGAGAAAGGCCACGUAGGAUCCUGUAAAAUCCUAGUUAAUCAUGAUCCGACUAGUACGACGAUAUGCGAUGCCAAAGGAAGAAACCCGCUUGACUCAAUCGGGGAACAGUCCCCAAAUUAUUCCAAACUGAAGGCACUUUUCACGAUCUAGAAUUAAACCACAGAACAAGUGUGAAGCUCAAGCUAAAGAUCAAAUCGGAAUGAUGAUUGGUCUUUCCAAAAUAUUUCUAUUGUAAAUUAUUUCGUUCAGAACAGUUUAAUCACUUUUUAACCAUGGAGAUGCACAACAGGGUUGAUUUUGGCUAUUGUAGCACCAUAAAAUUUUAGAGAAUGCCCGAAAUCGGUAGUUUGCGUUGUGAUAGUUUUUCAGGGUUAUUUUGUAUUUAGGAAGAAUAUUUUAGUGUAUGGUGACCCCUGAUUGUUGUGAGCAAUUUUUACAGUCUCUAUCUAGUUGACAAUUUGGUUCUGCUGUUUCGCGAAACCAGCUUUAGUGGCAUUGUGAGGUCGACAGUCUAACGAAUGAAUAGGCAAAAAUUAGGCAUUGUUCUACUAACCUCCGGCAAAUGUGCUCGAAAUUUUUUGAAUUAUCUAUAGGCUGUUUUUUUUUAAUUUUGCAUGAAAACAAUAAAACAUUUUAGAACAGCACAAACGAGGUAAUUACGUUUAGCUGGCUGAAUGUAUGCACAUGUAUUAUUUGAUAUACAACUAAAUAUAUGUAUGAAAAGUA